UCGAACCCGUGUCCCCUGCAUUAGCAGGAAGAUUGUCAACCACUGCGCCACCAGGGAAGCCUGAAAGUCUCGUUUUCUUAAAGUCACCUGAUUGAAGAUGUUACCAUCUACAAAAUCUCUUCACUGGCAACACCUAGAUUUGUGUUUGAUUGAAUCACUGGGUGCUACAGCCUGGCCAAGUUGACACCUAACACCAGCCGUCACACCAGGCAUCGUUCCUAACUUGCUCCCAUGACUUGCGUGGCUGGUGAAGCAUGAGUCCCGUUAAUCCUACCACCUCGAUGUUGCUUAAGGCAGUAAACUUCUUUUGAGUCCUCAUUACCUGAACUACAGCAGUGGCCGCUAAGUGGUCUCCUGCUUUUAAUAAUCUCCUGAAACGUGUUUGUCUUUUUAAUGUAUUUAUUAAAGUAUAUUUUAUAUACUGCCCCCUCAGUGUCCCGAAUAUAGUAACAGAGUUGCAGUUGUUUCUCACAAAUGCAGUGUUUGCCCUAGGAAAGCACUGAGGAGUUGCAGCUUCUCCAUUUUUAGAACGGUGUUUGGUUCUGCCGCCUCUCCUCGGUCCACAGCUUGCGGGCUUUCGGAGACGCGCUGCCUCUCCUCCUCUCCCACGCCCCCACGCUCUGCAGCAAGGGCUCGCGCCCAGCGCCAGGCUGGGUUAAGGGCGGGUCGGGGUCCGCCCAGGGGAGGAGGAGCCGGAAGAACUACAUUUCCCAGGCUGCUGCGCGGUUCCGGACUCCAUUUCCCAACAACGCCCGGGGCGCCCCGCCAGGACUCCAUUUCCCAGAGUUCCGCGGGAGGGCCCGACCUGAUCCCGCUCCCGCCACCUAACCCCAACGCGUGGCAGGACUCUCAGCCGGCGCCUGAAGCCGCUCUCCGGGCAGGUCAGGUAAGACGCAGGUGCAGCCAACAUGGGUGAGCCCCAGGGGUCCAUGCGGAUCCUAGUGACUGGGGGCUCUGGGCUGGUGGGCAGAGCCAUCCAGAAGGUGGUAGCAGAUGGGGCCAGGCUGCCCGGAGAGGACUGGGUGUUUGUUUCUUCCAAGGAUGCUGAUCUUACGGAUGCUGCACAGACCCGAGCGCUGUUUGAAAAAGUCCGGCCCACACAUGUCAUCCAUCUUGCUGCAAUGGUGGGGGGCCUGUUCCGGAAUAUCAAAUACAAUUUGGACUUCUGGCGGAAAAACAUACACAUCAACGACAACGUGCUGCACUCGGCCUUCGAGGUGGGGGCGCGAAAGGUGGUCUCCUGCCUGUCUACCUGCAUCUUCCCCGACAAGACCAGCUACCCUAUCGAUGAGACCAUGAUUCACAACGGACCCCCGCACAGCAGCAAUUUUGGCUACUCUUACGCCAAGAGGAUGAUCGACGUGCAGAACAGGGCCUACUUCCAGCAGCACGGCUGCACCUUCACCGCUGUCAUCCCCACCAAUGUCUUCGGGCCCCAUGACAACUUCAGCAUCGAGGAUGGCCACGUGCUGCCUGGCCUCAUCCACAAGGUGCAUCUGGCCAAGAGUCGCGGCUCAGCCUUGACAGUGUGGGGCACAGGGAGGCCUCGGAGGCAGUUCAUCUACUCACUGGACCUGGCCCGGCUCUUUAUCUGGGUCCUGCGGGAGUACGAUGAGGUGGAGCCCAUCAUCCUGUCAGUGGGUGAGGAGGAUGAGGUGUCCAUCCAGGAGGUGGCUGAGGCCGUGGUGGAGGCCAUGGACUUCCAUGGGGAGGUCACCUUUGAUACAACCAAGUCGGAUGGGCAGUUUAAGAAGACGGCGAGUAAUGGCAAGCUGCGGGCCUACCUGCCCGACUUCCGGUUCACGCCCUUCAAGCAGGCCGUGCAGGAGACCUGUGCCUGGUUCACUGACAACUACGAGCAGGCCCGGAAGUGAAGUGUGCGGCGGGAGCGGGUGCCGCCCUCUCCCCGGCGCUCAGCCAGCAGAGCCCAGCGGCAGCCACUCAGAACCUGCCGGGGCUGAGGGCACUGCCCUCGUGGCGGCCGGCCCCUGCCCCACGCCCUCUGCCGGGGCAGACCUGGCUGACUCUCCGGUGAGGCCACCGUUCACACCGUCCUCAGGGAAGCCAAGGCCUGGCCAGGCCCAGCACCCUGCUCCCCGACGCCAGUCGCAGAGCAUGUACACUUCUGAUCCCUGGGAGCCAAUAAAGUGCGUUUCCACAGG